GCCUAAACGUUUAUUCUGAAACGUCUCGUACCGGAAGAACUUGCUGAGCGGAGCCACCGGUUUUCACUUCCUGGAUGUACCUUGCUAACGCUGGUGCACGAUGAUAAUACAUACUUUACUGGGCUUAUUUUCCACGUACCUGUUAGCGGACAGCUUUAACAUCGAGGAUAACGCCGGGCAGUUCUUCAGCAGUGGUCAUACUAACAACUGGGCUGUUCUGGUGUGUACAUCCAGAUUCUGGUUCAACUACCGUCAUGUGGCCAAUACUCUGUCUGUGUACAGAAGUGUUAAGAGGCUGGGCAUCCCUGACAGCCACAUUGUUCUGAUGCUGGCUGAUGAUAUGGCUUGUAACCACAGAAACCCGAAACCUGCCACAGUUUUUAGCCACAAGAACAUGGAGCUGAAUGUGUAUGGUGACGAUGUGGAGGUUGACUACCGAGGAUAUGAGGUAACAGUGGAGAACUUCCUGCGAGUUUUGACUGGAAGGCUUCCACCCAGCACUCCACGCUCCAAACGCCUCCUCUCUGAUGACCGAAGCAACAUCCUCAUAUACUUGACAGGCCAUGGAGGGAAUGGUUUUCUGAAGUUCCAGGACUCUGAGGAGAUUAGUAAUGUGGAACUGGCUGAUGCUUUUGAGCAGAUGUGGCAGAAAAGAAGGUACAAUGAGCUGCUCUUCAUCAUUGACACUUGUCAGGGGGCCUCCAUGUAUGAGAAAUUCUACUCUCCGAACCUCAUGGCUUUGGCCAGUAGUCAAGUUGGAGAAGACUCCCUGUCGCACCAGCCAGAUUUGGCCAUAGGAGUCCAUUUGAUGGACCGUUACACCUUCUACCUACUGGAGUUCCUGGAAGACAUUCAUCCUGCAAGCAAAACCAACAUGAAUGACCUGUUCAGAGUGUGUCCCAAGAGUCAAUGUGUGUCCACUCCGGGCCACCGUACUGACCUGUUCCUUAGGGACCCAGGAAGUGUACUCAUCACGGAUUUCUUUGGGAGCGUCCGCAAAGUGGAGAUCACCAUGGAAACCAUCAACUUGACCGAUCCCAUCAAACAAUUGGAGGAGAAUCCUGUGAAUGGAGAGCUGCAAAAAGAGACGUACUCGUAUGCGGACCAGCUGCCAGUAUCUGAGAUCAUCCAUCAGAAACCAAAGCAGAAAGACUGGCAUCCUCCGGAUGGCUUCAUCCUGGGCCUGUGGACUCUAAUCCUCCUGGUGUUUUUCAAGACGUACGGCAUCAAGCACCUCAAACACAUCUUCUGAGGCCUAAGCAUUUACGCUGCUGGAUAUCCAAAGACGUGAAGCUGCAGACCAGGAGCUUCUACGAAAGGGAUCUUAGAAGGAAAGUGCAGUUUGUGACAGGCUUGUUUUCCUAAAAAUAGAAAGAAGAUGUAUGGCACCACAACUGCUUGUCCAGAUACUGUGUGAUGAUAUUGGUGCCUUUUUUUUAUUUUGGGAUGAUUGUUCUCUACUGAUGAAAUGUAAACAUUUGUGUAUUAUUUUAGAUGCGACAAGGAAGAAGGGAGAAAUACUUAAAAUGCCCCUACUUUGCAAGGGCAUACCACUAGCGGUACUGUCAUUAUAAACAGAUUUCUUAACUGUGUCUUUUACAAAAUGACUUCCACUUAUUUAUUUUAUGUGUCAAAAGUUCUGUUUUGUCAAGCCAUUCCAUAAUUCUGUUGAUUUGGUUAUAAAUGCACUGAAUUGAGUUUGGUGAUAAGACUUUAAUUUAUUUUCAAGGGUGCGCUGCUCUGCAUAUUUCAGCAGAGCCUUUUUGUUUAAGUGCUACUCAGAGCAUCAUCUCGGUCAAAAAGGAAAAUGUGGGACGAGGGAAGGCUGAUUUGCUGUGAGUGGGCUGUGGAGAGAUUACUAUUUAAUGUCUCCCCUGUCCAUAUACAUUACACCCCUGGAACGUCAUAUCACGCCUAUGAAGGAUAACAAUCGCACAUAAUCCCAUUUUGCAUGAUGGACCCAUCCAAUUUCCCAUUCACCAAAUUGCCCUCCCAGUGGAAACAACCAUUAGCUACCCAGCCCUGUACUCCGCUGAUUGUAUUCUGGGUGAUGGACAGCCAUUUCCGUGGCCACUCUGCGUCUUGUGCUACGGCAGUGAUAAGUGAGUAAAGUGAUAACCUAGUAAGUCGCCAGCCGUCCCAAAUGAAUCUCCUCUAUGCUGGGAUGUGUUUUCCUCCAUCUUUCUCUGCCUUUCUCUCCCCGUGUAACUACUCUGCAUUAAGCUCAUUGUUGGGGGGAAUGACUGAUGCUCAAAGCAUAUGGAUUGAACCAGCGGUAGUUUAUCUUUGCUCCUUGGCGUGAAGGCCCGCCCAUUGACUGCCACUCUCCCUUGCGGCUAAAUAGAUGGAGUUGGAAAUGAAACCAUCUGUACUAUAAGGCAGCUGCUGUGUCAGCCACCAUGUACCUUUUCUUACAUUUUAUUUAUGCAACAUUUAUUUUCUCUUCCUUUUUCCUCCGUUUCUUAUUUCCUGUAAUCUCAUCCCUCCUGCUCCCCUUUCAGAGACUGCAAGCACAUUUUAUUUCCUCAAUUGGUAGGAUUUUUGAUGUUCUGAAUAAAGACGAAAUACAGAAUCAAAGGAAUACA